CGCUCGGCGUACGGGUCUCGUCCUCAGGCGGACAAGGCCGAGCAGUUUGUUCGCGGUUGCGCCGGUGCGAGGAUCCACCCGAGGCAGUGUCAAGUGCGGCACCGUCACAGUGCAGUCGAACAGAUAUUCCCCCCGUUUCCAUGGACACGAGGACGUUAGUGUGCACCAGCGGAUGAAGCUGGACCUGGGUUCGACUCCCGGCCGAGACUUCCGUUUUUGAUUCCGACGUGGUUCGGACUGCACGCAGUAGCAACACUAGAUCGAGAUGGACGAGCCCGGCAUCGCCGACUUCUUCGAGGGGCGCUACGUGCUGGUGACGGGCGCCACGGGCUUCAUGGGCAAGGUGCUCGUCGAGAAGCUGGUCCGCUCGUGUCCGGGACUGUCCGGCGUUUACAUCCUGGUGCGCACCAAGCGGGACGAAGAUCCGCAGCGCCGCCUCGAGAAGAUCAUCUCCCUGCCCCUGUUUGACCUGGUGCGCGAGGAGGCACGCCGCAAGGUCCUGGUGGUGCCGGCCGACCUGAAGCUCAAGGGGCUGGGGCUGACGGACGCGUGGCGCAAUGAGAUCAAGCAGAGGGUGUCCGUCGUCUUCCACUCCGCCGCCACGGUGCGCUUCAACGACCCGCUGCGGGAGUCCGUGCUGCUCAACACCAGGGGCACCCUGGAGCUCGUCAACCUGGCCCUGGAGAUGCCCAACCUCGCGUCGUUCCUACACGUGUCCACCACCUACUGCAACGUGGACCGGAAAAACAUCGAGGAGGAGAUCUACCCGCCGCACGCGGACUGGCGGGAGACGAUCCGCAUCGUGGAGCACGCCGACGAGGUGGGCCUCCGGGUGCUCACCGAGAAGUACCUCGGCAUCGGGGAGCCGCGCGGCCUGCCCAACACGUACACCUUCGCCAAGUCCCUGGCCGAGCACGUCAUCAACGACCACGCCGACCGCCUGCCCGCCGUCAUCUUCCGGCCGUCCAUCGUGAUCUCCACGGACAGCGAGCCGGUGGCGGGAUGGGUGGACAACUUCAACGGCCCCGUGGCGCUGCUGGUGGGCGCCGCCAAGGGCGUGGUGCACGUCACCUUGGCCGACAGGAACAUCGUGGCCGACUACAUCCCCGUCGACAUCUGCAUCAAGGCCAUCAUCGUGUCUGCGUGGAGGAAGGCCACCGAUACCGCCGAGGAGAAGAAGAAGGUGGCCGUGUACAACUGCGCGUCGUCGUCCACCAAGCCCAUCACCAUGGGCGAGAUGGUGGACAUGGGGCUCUCGCUGCUGGAGGAGUGCCCCGUCGGCAAGGUGGUGUGGGUGCCUUCGGGGAUCAUCACGCCCUCCUACCUGGUGUACUACGUCCUCUUCCUGCUCACCCACAUCAUCCCGGCCCUGAUCGCGGACGUGGCGCUCACCCUGGCCGGCCAGAAGUUUAGGCUGAUGAAGGUCCAACGCAAGCUGUACUUGGCCAACACGGCGCUGGGCCACUUCACGACGCGGACGUGGCGCUUCGGCAACGAGCGGAUGCUGCACCUGGACUCGCUGAUCCCGCUCAAGGACCGCGCCGCCUUCCGCUUCGCCAUCAAGGAGCGCGAGCCCAUCGACUUCUUCGAGAAGGCGGUGUGGGGCGGCCGCCGCUACCUCAUGAAGACGCCGGACCACACCCUGGAGUCGGACCGCGCGCACUACCGCCGGGUGCUGCUCGCGACACGGUUCAUCAAGUUCUGCUUCUACACCGGCGUGCUGUACCUGGUGCUGAGCUCCAGCCUGGUGCAGGCCCCGCUGCAGGCCGUCCUCGAGGCCUUCGCCGGCACCUCCCCGUCGACGGCCGCCGUAGGCCUCACACUGCCGUGACGACGACAGCCACACCGUCCCCGAUGCGCGCCUUUUGCGCAAGCCGCUGAUUCCUCGCGGGUUUUUCUUAUUUUUCAAUUACAAAAAUAAAUAAAGCGUACCAAAAAAAAGUG